AUGUCAUUGAGCAACGCAGCCAUUGAUAGGAGAUUUGGACUGCAAGGUCAGAAAGCUCUUGUAACAGGAGGAACGAAGGGUAUUGGCAAGGCGAUAGUGGAAGAAUUAGCAAGUCUCGGUGCUGAGGUACUCACAUGCGCGAGAAAUGCGAGUGACAUUGAGCAAGCAACGAGGGCAUGGCAGGAUAAAGGCUGGAAAGCUCAGGGCGUUCAAGCUGACCUAUCAUCUGCUGAUGGCAGACAGAAGCUAAUAGAGGAUGUCAACAAUUUGUUUGGAGGCUCUCUCCACAUACUAGUGAACAAUGUAGGCUGCAAUGUCCGCAAACCCACGGUAGAAUACUCAUCUGAUGAUUUCUCUUAUAUCACAAAGACAAAUCUGGAGUCGGCCUACAAUCUUACACAGCUCGCCCAUCCGCUCUUGAAAGCAGCAGGCCGGUCCUCUGUGAUCAUGAUGUCUUCAGUAGCAGGAGGGCCGACCACGGUUCAGAGUGGCACCAUCUACGCUAUGACCAAAGCUGCUAUGGAUCAGCUGAGCAGGAACUUGUCAUGCGAAUGGGCAUCAGAUGGCAUCCGUAUCAAUAGUGUCAAGCCCUGGUAUAUAGACACUCCAUUGGCAGCGCCUGUAAUCAAUGACCCAGUCAAACUCGCCGAAGUUGAAUCGAGAACUCCCAUGAAGCGCGUCGGGCAACCAGAGGAAGUUUCAGGUCUUGUUGCGUUCCUCUGCAGCCCUGCUGCUAGCUACAUUACAGGACAGUGCAUUGCUGUAGACGGCGGCUUCAGCGUCAUGGGGUGA